UGCUGGUUGAUUUCCUCCCAAAUAGUGGUCGUGUGAAGUACUUAAACCGCAACCCGUCUCACUCUCACCCUUACCUUACUCGAAUCACCGCCAAGUCUCAUCCAUACUCAAAAAUGGCGGAGAAAAUCCCCAUUUAUCUCUCUCUUUCCCUCUCCAUUCUCUCUCUUUUCCUCUCUCGCGCAGUGGCAUCACCAUCACCAUCGCCGUGGCCGCUCCAGUUCCACUCGAUCCUCUUCAUCAACAGCAGCAGCGGCUUGCAAGUGACGGACCUCUGGUACGACUGGCCCAACGGCCGCAACUUCAACAUCAUACAACACCAGCUCGGGAAGAAGCUCUACGAUUUGGAGUGGAACAACGGCACCUCCUUCUACUACACGCUCGACGCUAACAAGGAGUGCAGCACCGUGCAUUUUCCCGUGGGGAUUCUCCGCCCUAAUUUCCUCGACGGCGCCAACUACACCGGCCAAGAGCGCACCGAUGGCUUCCUAUGCAAUGUGUGGGAGAAGGUCGAUUUCAUUCGCUACUAUGAAGAUGUCGACACUAAAAGGCCUGUUUCCUGGACUUUCAUCUCCUCAGGGAUGAGAGCGCAUGUGAUGACAUUUGAGGUUGGGAAAGUGCUUGAUGACCCAAACUGGCAAGCCCCUGCUUACUGUUUUGGGAAGGCCAGCCGCAAGCACACACCUCUUCUUCCUCAAUCAGCAUUUGGUUUGAAUUUGAUUAGAGAUAUUGCUAAUUUUACCCUAAUCUUGGUGUAAUGUUUUCUGUAAGCAAUGUAUCACUUAGUUUGUUUACUUGAAUUAGCUUUCAACAAUUAAUGUUGAGCUGCAGGGACCAAGCCCAAAAUCUUUCUUAUUUCUACUAAUUGAUGGACAAAUUCCACUUCGUAA